AGUAUAUAAACACUAUGGUCUCAAUCAUGAACCAAAUGAACUGACGAGCAGUUUUAUUUAUUUUGUUUUUUGUUUAAAUAAAUACAGAUUACAGCCUGUUUUUGGAAGAGAUGAGUGAAUCAUGUGUAGAGACACCGGAGGCGCCAGCUUGGUUAUCCAAGUUAGAAAGCCAAAGGGAGAAAUUAAGUAAAGCCCGCCUUGGACAUGAUAGCGGUGCCGGCGCGCCUUGUAACUCCUGUGGAGCAGGUUGCCCAGGUUUGGAUCUACACUUCUGGCGGAAAGUAUGCAGAGCUUGUCACUGCAGUAAGGAUGUGCAUGAUGUGCAAGAUGAUGAUCUAUCUGGUUGGGCACAGUUUGAACUUCUCGGUACUGCAAAGCCUAAGAAAGCAUCAAUGCCUCUAAUCAAGAUCCGUGGAGUGACAGAUAAGCCUGUAAAACUGGAUUGGGUGCCACCAAAUGCCUCUACAGAAUUGGUAUCGGAGUACAUGUCGUGCCUGGGCGCGCUGGCGCCGGUGUCGGGCUCGGAGGCGGCGCGGCGGCGACGCGCGCAGCUCCGCACGCAGCUGCCGCCGCACGACGUGGCCACCGCGGCGCGCCACCACGCCUCCGACCAGGAAAAGUCCGAACACACAGAAUACAUUACCCGCAUUAAAGACCAUGUAGUGGGUAUGGGUAAUGUGGUGAGAGUGGGUCCUCUUCAGAGUGGAGAUGUAUUCUGUGUGGAAAACAGCAAAACUCACACUGCAACCAAGUCCUAUGCUCUGCCAUUGAAGAUAUCAAAUGUAUCAAGAGGUGUUAAGUACAAUAUUGUUCCCAAGAAUGCUUCAGACAAGAAACUUGUGCUGGACUCACAAGGCAAUGUAGUCAGCAGUGCUGCCAACUUACCAGAUUAUAAAUCAAGUCCCAUAUUGAGCAGAAUCGUAAAAGAUAAACUUCAUGUGAUGCACAUUGAGUCUGACAGAAUUAAAAGUGCUGUGGAGCAUGGUCCUGUGUACGAUAAAUUACUUAAGAAUCUGAAUGAUUUGAAUAUGCCAGUAUCUAAUGAUGUAUAUCUUCAGCCCAUUAAACUGUUUCGUGAGGAGUAUAAUAAGAACCCUCAGUUUAAGGAGGAAGUCAUUGAAUUUGCAAAUAAAUCCUUGGGAGCCCAGCUGAUGCCUGACCUGUGGUCUGCCAGCAAUAACAAUGUCAUGGGCACAGCUAAAUUACUCGAUAGUAGGAUUCAAAAGGGAACUAUCUUUGCUCCUAAUGGCGAAAUUUGGAGCUGGAAACAUGAACCAACAACACCUGAACACAGUGGAACUAUAUGCUCUACCAAGAUCAACCCGCAGUAUUCUACCACGAUGAAGCCAAUAAAUCAAGUGGAACCACAGCAAACUGCUCCUCUAAGGGAAUAUCUUAGGACCCAUUCCGAAGAAGAUAAUCCACCGCCUGCGCCCAAUUACAAUACUUAUCCUGGAGCUAUGUCUUUACCUUCCCAAAGUAACGACUGGGACAACUCUACUGACAAUACACAACUUGACCAUACUGGCAAUCCUAUACAAGUGAACACUUACACUGAACAACUAGAGCCAAUACUUACUCAAUUCGCUGAUAUGUCCCUCAGUCCUGAUGAAAUGGAAUUUAACAGAAAAUUGUACAAUGAAGGAGUGCCCUGUCAGAGAUGUCAGAAACCAAUGUUUGCUGGCGAAGUAGCAGUUAAAGCAGAUAGAGCUGGGCAGGAGGCUAUUUGGCACCCACAAUGUUUCACUUGCUGUCAAUGUGGAGAACUGUUGGCUGAUCUUGUAUACUUCUAUUACAAGGGGGAAAUUUAUUGUGCCAGAGAUUUGGCGAAUGUGCUGGAGAUACCGCGUUGCGCUGGAUGCGACGAGUUGAUCUUUACACGGCCGUAUACAGCCGCUGAGGGAAGAGCGUUUCAUGUACAACACUUCUGUUGUUACCAUUGCGAUGCACCGCUUGGAGGCAAAAAGUAUGUUCCGGAUGAUAAAACAGGUCUGCCCAUUUGCCUUACUUGUUAUGACCAGUUCUACGCUGAACGUUGUCGCGCGUGCGGCGGUGUCAUCGGCCCCGAGCAACAAGGGGUGUCCUGGAGUAACAUGCACUGGCAUGCAGAGUGCUUCAUAUGCUCGGGCCGUAUGUGCGGCAAAAGUUUAUUGAGCGGUCGGUUUGUUGUGAAACAAGAAAUGCCAUUUUGUAGUGUACCGUGUGUACAAAGUAGAAUUAAAUGAGUGCUGAGAUCAAUUUUGUAACUCCAUUUUAAUUAAAAUAAGAAAAAUAUAUUUUGAUAUAAAUUUUAUAUUGUGAUAAGAGUGACAUAUUUACAAAAUUUAGUUGUUAAGUAAAAAUAGCUAUACAGAGUGUGUUAACAAAGCAUUUAUUUUGUGGUGUCAAUAUUUAAUUGUAAUAUAUUAAGUAUUUCUCUUUGUGUUGAUGAUGUGUAAUUUUCCAAUCUGAGGAAUUUGACAGUUUUUUACUGAGGUUUUUAAUUAGAAAAUGUAGAAAUCUGACAAAAUUACAUUAAUCAGUUUGUAUAAGUUAAUAAAUUGGCAUCUGAUAUCAUAUCACCUGUAUGCCUUAAACACAAUCCUUCACAAGCAGUACCAAAAUAUAAUUGCCUGGUAAAAGGGUAUGUUUUGCUACUAUAAUAUAUGUGAAUGCAUUGGGGUGAAAACCUUAAUAGCGUACUUUUAUAAAGGGAUAAUAUAUUUUGGUAGAUAGUAUUAUCGAAUUUCUAUAAAAUGACAAAUUUUUAUGACAAAAAGUCCAAUAACUGACUGAUUCUGUUAUGUUGUGUCUGAUAUAUUCUGAUAGAAAUAUAAUUAUAGUAGUUAAUCAAAUUAUACAUAUUGUUAUAAAAAUAGAAUUUUACAUUAUAUUUUAUAGUUCAUAGGACUGCAUUUAUUUGAGAAAAAGCAAACAGAUUAAAUCAUUAUAAAAAAAUCUUUUAUCCUACUACUAUUACUAAGUGUAGGGUUAAAAUUUUUCAGUAACAUUCCAUUUAUUGUUUUUAAAUUUUGCUGAAAUGUGCCAUUAAUGUUAAGAGUUUAUGAAUAAACAAAAUAUUUGAAACAAA